AAGACAGUUCGGCGGUUAACUUCAGAGACGUUGUUCUUCGUUGAUUCACAGAUUCAACAAUACAAACAUAAUACAAAAUAAAAAUAGGAUCAAUAUAAUAAUAAAAGCAAAGAAUAGGAAAUGAAUGGAGUUAGUGAAGAAUCUAUAAAAAUAAAACAAAAUGUUUUAAUAUGUAACAAAGAUGGAGAUUGUCUAGAGCAACAUCUUCAGGUACACAAAAAAUCAGAACUGGAAGAGUGCACUUUUGAAAGUAAUUACACAAAGGAUUCUUUAGCAGACUCCUACUAUUCCGAGGAUUUUAAAAUAGAAGAACAGAAUAUAUUACAAUGUGAUAUAAGUAGCCCAUUCCCCCCCAUUAUUAAGCAAGAAGUUAAAACAGAAAUAAAACUAGAACUGGAUGAACAUAAUUUAGAAUUAAGUCAUGGGUGUGAAACUAGAUUUAAAAGUAGGAACACGAAAAAUUUAGACAAAGAUGUAAAAUUACAGAUAGCAGCUUCAACUGAGAUACAUCAUGAAAAACAUCCUAGAAGUAUGAAAGUGUCAAAAUUACUGUCCAACUGUUUACCUCAGAACGAGAUUAAAACAAAAUCCGAAAGAAUGAUAGUAACACACACUGGAGAAAAGCCUUAUAAGUGCGACAUUUGUUUUAAACAAUUUGGUGUAGUUGGAACUUUAAAAAGGCAUAUGCUAAUACACACUGGAGAAAAGCCUUAUACGUGUGAAAUUUGUUUUAAGCAAUUUACUUAUGCAGGAAAUUUAAAAAGUCAUUUCAAAUUGCACACUGGAGAAAAGCCUUACAAGUGUACAAUUUGUUUUAAUCAAUUUAGACAAGAGGGAAAUUUGAAACAGCAUUUAAGAAUACACACUGGAGAAAAGCCUUACAAGUGUGAAAUUUGUUCUAAGCAAUUUACACAAGAGGGAAAUUUGAAAAAUCAUGUAAGAAUACACACUGGAGAAAAGCCCAACAAGUGCGACAUUUGUUUUAAGCAAUUUGCUGAAGCAGGAACUUUAAAAUUUCAUAUGAGAAUACACACUGGAGACAAGCCUUACAAGUGCAAAAUUUGUACUAAGCGAUUUAGUCAAAAUAACAAUUUGAAAAAGCAUUUAAGAAUACACACUGACGAGAAGCCUUACAAGUGCCAGAUUUGUUUUAAGCAAUUUACUCAAGCAGGAAAUUUAAAAAAUCAUUUCAAAUUGCAUACUGGAGAAGAGCCUUACAAGUGUGAAAUUUGUUUUAAGCAAUUUAGACAAGCGGGAAAUUUGAAAAAUCAUUUAAAAAUACACACUGGAGAAAAGCCAUAUAAGUGCGAAAUUUGUUUUAAGCAAUUUGCUGAAUCAGGAGCUUUAAAAAGUCAUUUGAGAAUACACACUGGAGAUAAGCCUUACAAGUGUAAAAUUUGUUCUAAGCGAUUUAGUGAAAAGGGAAAUUUGAGAAAGCAUUUAAAGAUACACACUGGCGAAAAGCCUUACGGGUGUGAACCAGGACCGUAACUACCAUUGGGGCAACUGAGGCGGUGCCACGGGGCCCCCUUUUGUUUGGCCGUGCAUAAAUUUUAAAGAGGAAAAUAAAAAUAUGUAUGUUAACAGCCGAUCCCAACGAAAUGUUUUCAAACGACACAAUUUUAAACAGACUUAAAGUUUUAAUUUUUCACUGGAGAAAUUAGCCUUUUUAUUUUUAGUUAGUUAUUUAGAAAAUUAGUUAUUUCGGGGUAAUAAAACCUAAAAUGUCAUUGGAAGAGGGGCCUCCUCCGGGCGAAGCUGGGGCCGCCGAGACCUUUCGUAAUGAUAUAAAGAUGUCCAGGAAGGGAUGCAUCAGGAGAGUAUUUAAUCGCCCAUCCCAUAUAACAUUUUUGUUUCAGAUUUGCCAACAGAUGUAAGAACAUUUUCUAACAAAUUUUUAACAUCAGUUUAUAACAUGCCAGACAUGUUAAUUAUAGAUCACAACAUGUUGUCUUCAACCUAGCUGAUGUUUGUACAGCUUGUAUAAUAUAUCUGACCGUCCCUAUAAUUGUGGCCAAGGCUGUGAGGUCGUUUUCAAAAUUAAAAUUAAUCAAGAAUUAUCUUAGGAAUUCAAUGGGACAAGACCGACUUAGCAUCUUGGCUCGACUUUCUAUUAAAAAUGAACGUGCCAAGAGGAUCAACUUAGACAACGUCAUUGAAGAGUUUGCCAUGAUGAAAUUAGAAGUAGGGAGUUUUAAUCGGGAAACUGUAGUAACUUAUUUCAAUAGAUAAUGUAAUUUUAAUGUAUGUAAAUAUAUUAUGUUGAAAAGUAAUCAUGAUUUCUAUUUUUCAAAAUAAAAGAAGCUACAUCUUA